CUGCAGAGCUAUAAGUCUCAUUAAAGCCCAGUGAAGUGAGUAGGCGCACAGCGCCCCUUCUGGCCGCUCGCAGAACAUCUUUCGCUCCUGACUAUUCGAGUGGUCGUCUGUCUUGGGCGCUCCUAUGCUCCAGCUGCGGCCGGUGGAGGAGGAUGAAUCAGCUGCUGAAAAUUUGGAGUUGAACCAAGCUGUGGCUGAUGAAGACCACUUCCUGUUGGCUGAGCUGCUGUCACAAGAACGCUACAGGAAGUGCAUUAACCAGCAGAGUGGUUGGGGCAUCCCAGGUACCCCGUUACGCAUGGCAGCAUCUAAAGGUCACCUGAAGUGCCUGCAGUUGCUCCUGGCACAUGGGGCAGAGGUGGACCGUCUGGAUGUGAAGGCCCAGACUCGUCUGCACACAGCAGUAAAAAGAGGUUACUUGAGCUGUGUGCUCGCCCUGCUCCGUGCUGGGGCUAACCCUAAUGGAAGUCACUUGAACAACAGCUCACCUGUGCUCACCGCCGCUCGGGAGGGAGAUCCAGAGAUCCUCCGCCAGCUUCUUCAGCAUGGGGCAGAGGUCAAUGCGAGGUCUAAGGUGACAUUGUGGGCUUCAGGGGUUGCGGUGUGCAGCGGACCACUAUACCUGUCAGCCAUAUAUGGACACCUGGACUGCUUUAAAAUGUUACUGUUGUACGGGGCGGAUCCGAACUAUAACAGUCCGGAAGAGAAGGUAAUCGGCAAGGCCACGCAGCAGAAGACAGUCCUGGAAUUGUGCUUGAGACACGGCUGUGGCGUCGAAUAUAUUCAGCUGCUCUUAGACUUUGGGGCCAAUGUCUACCUGCCUACUCUCAUUAUAGAGAAGAGCACCAAACAGAAUGAAGCUGUUGAACUACUGCUGAGAGAGCGAGGGUGUCCAAAGCCUUUGGUGUCUCAGUGUAGGUUGGCCAUCCGUAGACACCUGAUACAGGUGAACAGGAUUCAGUCUAUAGGUGCCCUUGAGAUUCCACCCAGGCUCAUCAACUAUCUCAAAUACAAGCCAAUUAACAGCGCACUGGUUCACUGACAAGCCAGUGCACACUAAGCUGUGCCUUUUGUAAAGGACAGACUGAAGACAUGUGAUUUGACGCACUGCUAACAGCCCCAGUUUACGUCAACGAAGUGUAUUAAACUGGAACACCUUCAUGCAUUAAUUUGCUUGAAUGCCGUUCAAAUUAGACCGCAAUGUGUAACCGUAUCUAGAGUGUUGUCAUAAAUUAGAGUUUAGCCUUUAAAAUAUUAUUUUAUUAUUUUUCAUUCUAAAUUCAACCAUUGUAAAAUGAGUUUUUUACAUGCUCAAUUGAUUUUGUAGAUCACAUACUGUGAUGAACAUGGAGCUUUUAUCACAUCAUGCCAUAACCUGAUGUAUUUUGAUAACAGUAACAGCAUGAUGAAAUAUAAACUUCUUGUUAACUCUCUUAUUAAUCGUAAUAUAUUUAAUCUCUGCUGUGAUGUAUUUGUCUCUGUAAAUACCUAUGUGGAGCAGAUGUGCUCUUUCAACAGCUUUUCAUAAAACCAGCAAGGUGAUGGAACAAAAUGGAGUUCGUUCUCUUCCUUCUGCAGGUAAAAGGUUUGAGUUUCUUCAUAAUGAGCAUGUUUCCCAGAGCAACAGCAAGAUAUAGUAAUCAACAAAAUGUGGUACCUUGCUAGUUCAGAAAUGAUAUACACAUUAUUUUCUACAGGGGUAUUUUGUUUAAAUGACAAAGUUUAAAUUAUGUGCAACAUCUGGCUUUGUGCAAAAAAAAAAAAAACAAUUUCUUCAUAA